UUGCAAUUAUCAUAAACCCCCAUAUUUAUAUCCAACAUGUUUUUACAAUCAUUUUACAUUCUAUAUUACCAGGAAACUGUAUUUCAUGCCUUGGUGACCACCGGAAAAGAGGAGGCCAUGUUCCUUACCGAGACAGCAAGCUGACAAAGCUUCUGGCAGACAGUCUAGGUGGCAGUGGAGUCACCCUCAUGAUUGCCUGUAUCACCCCCUCAUCCCAUCAUAUAUCAGAGACCAUGAACACACUGAGAUAUGCCAGCAGAGCCAAGAAAAUCAGAACUAAACCACUAAUCAAAAUGGAUCCUAGAGAAAAGUUGAUUAUGAGUCUGAAGAGAGAGAUAAAAAUACUCCGCAAUGAAAAUCAGUAUUUGCGUCAACAGUUGGAGUUCCCAGAGAAAACUAAAGCAGCCAUGCAGAAUGAAAGUGAUGAGAAAUAUAAGAAAUUUCUGAAGGAUCAAGAAAAUAACAAAAGCAGUGACCAGCCUAAGAAGGAUCCCAAGUCUGAGGAAGCUGGCUUAUAUGAAAUGUUACAGGAAUAUAUGAUUGAAAAUGAGGCUUUAAGGACUGAAAAUGCUGAUCUACAUGCAACAAAAGACAAGAUUCGACGAGAACAACAACUUCUAUACAAAGACAAUGAGAAGAUGAUGAAGAGGAUCGAGGAUUUAGAAAG